GCUCAUUCAGUAUUUAAGACGUGUCUUACUUCCUACGUGUUAUUCGUUUUCCAUCCAUUUAUGUACUUGCAAAGUACUUCUUUAAAGAGAAGACCUUGAGAAAUAUCAGAGCAAUUUAGUACUUAUUAGCAAAGGAAUAAGGUUUCUGGUACAAAUAUUAAUAGUCGGACUAGUAAAUUGUUGGUUUACAUACAAUACUAAUUUUAGCAUAGACUGGUUGCGUUAAGUUGAGAUCCUUUUCGUCAAUCCUGCGUACUGAUCGGUCGUCAAUGUCUUAAUAAUAUUAAAAAAAAAAAUACUACAUAGUGCCAGUGUUUCCAAAAUGAUUUUGUUUUUAGUAUCUGUUAUUUUAGUGUUAGGUUUAUUAGUGUCAUGGAUUAGUUUAGUUAGAGAGAGUCGCCGGUUUAAUAUCAAUGGGCCGAUGCCCUUACCUAUUAUCGGCAAUGCUCACAUGUUCAUGGCUAAAUCUACAGAGUUCUUGGACUUGGUCACACGCUAUUCGGAAAAGUAUGGCAAAGUGUUCCGUGUGCAUUUUCUGUCGGUUCCGACUGUGAUCGUCUGUGAUGCUAAAUUCGCUCAGGAGAUAGUAUCGAGUCAGGAGCACAUCAGCAAAGGUGGACCCUACAAACUGCUGGAAUGUUGGCUUGGUCAAGGUCUACUCACUGCUGGAGGUCAAAGAUGGAAGAGUCAUCGAAGGUUCCUGACGCCCGCGUUCCACUUCAACAUCCUGCAGAACUUCCUUCCCGUGUUCUGCAAGAACCAGCGCGUGCUGACGGAGAAGCUCCGAGGACUCGCCGACGGCCGCCCGAUUGACAUGUUCCCUAUUGUCGCUUUGGCUGCCCUUGAUAAUGUUACAGAAUCCAUUAUGGGUAUCAGCGUCGACGCUCAAGGACAUGAAAGCGAAUCUGCCUAUGUGAAAUCAAUUGAAGAAAUGUCUGCUAUAGUAGCCAUGAGAAUACAAAUUCCAAUUCUUGGUCCAGACGCAGUGUUUAAUUUAACCCGGCAUAAGGCAAUUCAAACGAAAGCAUUGAAGGUAUUACACCAACACACUAAAAAAGUAAUUGAAGAGAGAAGGCAACAGUUGAAGAACGCUAACAUAACUAGUCUUAAUGCAAGUAACGAUGUCGGAAUAAGGAACAAGCAUGCGUUCUUGGAUUUGUUGCUGCUUGGUGAAAUUGACGGUCAAAAAAUUGACGAUGAGAGCGUGAGAGAAGAAGUCGACACAUUCAUGUUUGAAGGUCACGACACAACGACUUCUGGUAUAUCAUACGCACUCUACUGUCUGUCUAAGCGUAGACAUAUUCAGGAGAAGAUAUAUGAAGAGUUGCAAACUAUUUUCGGUGACAAUAUGGACAGAGACCCAACGUACCAGGAACUUGGCCAAAUGAAAUACUUGGAGAUGGUCCUUAAGGAGUCGAUGCGGCUGUACCCACCCGUGGCUUUCAUUGAGCGAAGGAUAACAAGAGACUGUGAGAUCGGAGGCCUAACAAUGGUCAAAGAUACAUCAGUCAUUCUAAAUAUCUACCAGAUUCAACGCCAACCAGACAUGUUUGAAGAUCCUUUGGAGUUCCGUCCCGAAAGAUUCGAAGAGUCUCUAAAGAAUCCCUUCAGUUUUCUGGCAUUCAGCGCUGGACCUCGGAAUUGUAUUGGUCAAAAGUUCGCGAUGAUGGAACUGAAGAUCACUAUCUCGGAGAUUAUCAAGCACUUCCACAUAUUACCUGUUGAUGUAACGCCCCAGUUAUGUUCUGACCUCAUUCUGAGAUCAAAGAAUGGUGUCAAUGUGAGGUUCAUGCCAAGAAAAUAAAUUGUUUGCGAAAAAUUAAUUGAUAAUAAUUGAUAAGAUUAAAGUAUUUUAAGUACCAUGUAAUUGUAAGCAUUCAUAUCAUAUCAUGUGUUUAUUAAUACCAAACUUGUAUUUUGAAUAAUAUAAUGUUGUAAAAUA